UUAAAGGGAAGUCACUCUUAAAUGUAAACAGUAAACUUGUCAAUAUUAACUGUGCACAAACACACGACGAAAUACACACGAAACGUGCAUUAAAUGGAUAUGAUGAGAGGCUGUCAUCAAAUUGUGAUUUAUAGGGAUCAGGUUACACAGGAAUCAUGUUUGUGAUACUGGCCAUACAGGGGGUGUUGCUACUCUUGCUUGUUUGCAACACUCCGUGGAUCAGUCUAGUGUACUGUGGGCUAUUUCUGGGAUCAUUUCUUUUGCCACCGUUCCUGGAAAGAAGUAAAACAGAUGCAGCUAAGACGAACAAACCUCUGAAGACCAAAGAGAUUCUGAAGAAACUGUAUCCACCAAUAUCAAACGAUGAAAAAGUGCAACUUGUGACGGACAGAGUUAUUGGCCUUGUGUUGUAUGACCCUGAAAACACAGCAAGUUUGGCCAAUUUUGAGAUUGUUAAGAGUCAUUCGAACUGUGUUUUUGCAAGAAAGGCCAGAAUAUGGGGAAGUCCAGAAUGGAAGGAUAUUCUUUCUCUAGAGGGGAAUAUCAUAAGAAUGCUUCCCCAGUUCCUGAAGUUCUCGUUGCUGUGUCCCACUGAGAAACAAGACGGCUUUCUUCUUGAGUUACCUGGGAAACCGUAUGGAACUUCUGUACAGUCGUUUGGUGAUGCCCUCUACACUGUCCUGAAGAUUCUGUCUGACUUUGACCCAGCCGGCUUCCACUGCAUGGACAAGUCCUAUGUCCACCGCAGUGGCUGGGUAUUUAGGUUUAACAAGGUCACGUUCUUCAUUACGACCUUUGCCCCUUUUUACCCAGAAAACCACGCCAGGUAUUGUUUUGGGGCAGAGAAUUGUUACAUCCUGUUUCAACCGGAACUGUCCUUUGCUCAUCAUGAUUUGCCUUCGGAUACGCUGGAAACCAAUUGGGAAAAUCCGGAAACUGUACGAGAUAGGAUCCGGGUUGCGUUCAAAAUGGCGGGGCGGCAAUAUAAGAUUCCAAACACAUUGUCCAGCCCUAUGGUUUUAGAUAUGAUACCGCCUGUGUCUGCUGAUGAGCCUGUUUAUGAGUGGUGGAAGCCUAGACAUAGCAAAGAUAUGAGUAAUGGAAAAGAUACUGUGACUUAGUAGGCCAAUAUGUUCAGGCCGGUCUAGAGCUAAGCUUGCCACAUAUGACACAAGACCCAUUUCUGAUGUUCCUAUGCCAUACUGCCAUGCAUAGCUAGACUACUUAAUCUGUCCAACGACAUCUCGUAUGGUGUAUUCUAAUAGUCUUUGUGCCAGAAUGCAGUUGAAUAAUGUCAGGCAAAGACCACUGAAAGUAGUUAGGAUUUACACACAUAUGCAAACAAAUACAAAUAAUACUGAAGGAUGCAAUUCAAAUGCACAAUGCAUUUAUAUAUAGUUAUACGCUAAACAGUGUAAAAAGUGGAUGCUGGAGAUCUGACUUUAUCAAAAUGUUGUUAAUGCAAUGAUUUGUGUGUGUGUGCCAGCAAUCAUGUUGUCAGACAAAGCUAAUUUAAGACAUACAAAUAUGACGAAAGUUUUAUAAAUCUAAUUCAAGACAUACAAAUAUAAUGGAAGUUUUAUAAAUCUAAUUCAAGACAUACAAAUAUGAUGAAAGUUUUAUGAAUACUAAUUGUUGUUAUCAAACUGAAAAUACAUUUGUAAAGCAAGCUUGCAGACAUCUCAAUAGAUCUGUCUGAUUGGCAGGACAGUGUAUGUCUGUCUGCACAUAUAGUACUCGAUCUGAUCUUGACAAGACUAUAAGUUUCCAUAUUUAUCCAUUUACUACUAAGAUACGUAUUUUGACGCUUGGAAAGUUACAAUUAAUUAAAGACCGUUCUUUCUAGAUUUAAGUUUUAAAGGCUUCGUUUCCAACCCAGAAUUACUUGCAUACUGUUCUGGUUUUAUGCUGUUUGCAGAUAGCCAUUUCACUUUGCUUCUGAGUGGGAAAGUGUUAUUUUGCAAUUUCAAAACAACUUCACACAAGUGAUCACCAUGUGGAGACAGAGUGUGGGACACAACAGCUGUGCCCACUGCUAAAAUGUAAAUGUCACAUGUCAAGAUCUACCGGUAAUGUCAAGAUCUACCGGUAAUGUCAAAUAUUGGGAUUAAAUAGCUGUCUAUACUGUUAUGUCAUCUUUUAUAUUACAAGUAUUAAACACAUAAAUUCAUUGAAAAA